AUGAACACGGAAUCCGGGGUCCAGGAGGACUCAACAAAACCAACAACACAGACCGCCAAUUCCAAGUCCAACGGUCCCACCAAACAUGUCACAAAAUUGUCCACGUCCUCUCCCGAGGCUAUUCGUGUUGCUGCCGAAAUUACCCCUACAAGGCUCGCCAAUCUCUUAAUUAAGAAAGGUCCCUUGCCCAUUCGGUUAAUCACGUCUCAGUUGGCCGUGGAAGUUCCCGGUUUCGAUCUCCUUUCGCUUUCCAAGCAGCGUAGACUUAUCAUGGCUGCUAUGGAAGCCGGCGAUGUGGAGAACAACGUUGUUUUUGAAAAAAUCGGCUGGGGCCAAUGGGCCGUGCGUCGGAAAGACUCAGACUACAUUGUUACUGAGGGCAGUGCUACCGACGAUAAAGCCAAGAUUAGCGUUCAGGAGCUUAAAGAGAAAGCCAAGCUUGGAUGGUCGAAAAAGAAGGAGCUGGUGCCUAGUACUCGCAGAGACUCAAUUUCCAAUGGCAAACACAACCUUCACAAUGUGAGUGUGCCGCUAGAUGCAGCGUUGGAGUCUGAGCUGGAGCUGGAGGACGAGAAUUCGCCAUUUUCCGAUGACGAGCUCCCCAGAAUGGCCCGUUUUGAUGUGGACGACAAUGCUAUUGCGGAGGAUUCGGAUGAAGACGAUAUGGAUACCGCCGAGGACGGGCUCUUCCAGUUUGACGACGAGUCAAAGGACAAGAAGCGGAAGAAGCUGCCUCCAGUGCUGUUUGCCAACAGGGUGCCUUUGAAAGUGCUGCCUCCUCCACAUCUCCAGGGUUCUCGCCGUAAACUGUCUGGAGCCAACUCGGUCACGAAAAACACCCACACGGGCUACUCAAACAGACACCAAUUGUUCAGCCGCCUGAGACUCAACUCCAUUGAGAAUUUGGACAAUUACAUUGUCUCUUCUGCUCGUGGUCUGCUGAUCCUGGUGUCUUCUCCUCCUCCUGCUUCCUCGGUCCUUUCAGUGUCGCCAAUUGGCUCGUGGCUGAACUCUAAUGGUCAUCUCCACCCUGGUGUGACCGUGUCGCCCGACAAUUUCGGCAAUAACAUUGGAGGCAGACGGAAGCUGAGUUUCAACGAGUCCAGUAUCCGCUCUACAUUGCUGUCGUCGCUCCCACGCAACGGUGCAAAUCCCAAACUGUCAAAGCAGGAUGCCUCUGAUACCGACGAGGAGGACUGGGCUACAAUUGGCGCUGAGUCUUUGCGCAAACACAGUGCUGGUUCGCUGACAACGCCUGGCAAAGAGGAUACCCUACGUAGCGACGAGAAACGGGCUGCCCGUGCGUUGGUCGAUUUGAUGUCGAUCUAG